AUGCCCACAGCAGCGACAACGGGUAAAGGCACUCCCCACGCACAGGGUACCCAAAGGAAACAGUCCUCCGGAAGCACAGACGAACAGCCCCAUUGGUGGUUCGAGGCCUAUGUUCCAGAUGAGACAGAGAAGAUAGCUGCGACAGGCGCGAUGUCGAAGACGCCCGGGGGGAAGAAGGCCAGAAAAGGAUCCGCGGUUACGCCGGCAACGACAAAACGCGCGCGCCUCACGCCUCAGGAUGCCCAGCCAAACGAAUCCUUGUCCAACGACGUCAACACGUCACCAUCGGUGGCGCCUUCCGACAAAGAAGCCAACAAAAAGAAACCAGUGUCGGGCGUGAUGGCCAUUUGUGUGCACUGCCAUGCCUGGCUUGAGGCAGCAAUGGAGCUGAGACAGAAGACAGACCUGUCAUGUGUUGGUGGAGAACCACCUGUUCCAGACAAAGCCGGAGAAGAGUGCCAGGCCUGUGCGACGAGGGGUCUACCAUGCAGUUUCGUCGCGGGCGCUCAGAAAGGUGAAACAGACCUCGAAAAGGCGAGACGACUCGCCCUGCGGGAGGUGGAUAGCAUGGCUAAGCUGGCAUUUGCGGAGGCCAUGUUGAAAGGACAUUUGCAACAGAAGGAGGCAUCCCCCCCGCUCCCAACACCCGAGGGCGUCAAGGACACCGGGCCAGUGAAGCAGGUCGAGGACUCCGUCGAGAAGUACAGGGCUACUCGCCUAGCCGAGAUCGAUGUCACUAUCGCUGAACAGAGGCGUGUCAGAUUGGAGAAACUGGAUGUCGAGCUUGCGAAGGAGCGGCGUGCCCGUUUCGAAGCCCUACAUGUGGACCUUGAGACAGGGAGAUCCUCCAAAUUCACCGCUUUACGCGAAGAGUUUCAGGCCAUGAUCAAGGCCCUCAAGAAAAAGGAGGCCGAGCUGACCAACAUGGCACAGGGUCUUCAGGAAGAUGUCAAGAAUGGGAUGGCUCAAAAUGAAGCGCAAGUAUGGAAGACGGUGCAGGAGUGGAAGAGCGAGUUAUCGGCCGAGGUCAAGACUCAAGUGGAGGCCGGUGUGGCCGGCAUCAGGGUUAGGAGCCUCACCGAGAUGGCACAGACACGCAAGAUAAUCCAGAUGAGCCAGCAAGUGAACCACUUGGACGAAAGGAUGAGGCAGGUCGAGUCCACCCAGACCACGCUGACGACGAGGACAGAGGAGCAGAUCGAGCCAGACGAGGAAGAGCUUCGCAGCCAGAGCGCGCCUCCAGCCGUCGAGGAGCAGUACCAGAAUCCCCUCAUUAACACGCCGGCAACUACCCCUGAGCUGGUUGGGGACCAAGGCAGAAACGUAUGGGUAACGCAAGCGAUGCAGCAGGAUGCGCAGGCUCCUGUCGGCGCUGCCAUCCUUCCGGCUCUGUCGCACGUAUCGGCUGCUCUAGUCCCGCCCCUGGUUCCCUCCCAGGGGUGGCCAUCCUUUCCGUAUAACUACGACUACUCCAACUGCUUCAACUACUCUAACUACUCAGGGGGCUACAACUUGGGCUACCCUCCGCAGGAACAACAACAACAAACGCAUCUCAUCACAAACGGUUGA